UGACAGCUUCACUUUACCUUUCUUCUGUUUUUAUGAGUUUCCUUGAAGGCGAAUAUUGUUUUUCUUUGUUUUGGCUUUGAGGCAGCGAAAAUUUUCUGUAGUUUGCCAAUAACGAAAGUGUUUCGAGAGUAAAAAUACGAUAAGUGCUUUAUCCCAUUGGUUAAAUUGAUUUGUAUCUAUGCGCAAGCUAAAUGUCGGUAUUGGUUUCGCUUUGCUUGCUAAAAAUUGAAAUAGUUUUAGACGAUAGAAACGGGAUGAGUGCUUCCGAGGAGGCUGGCGAGUCAGCCGGAGCCGUUUCUACCGAGCAUCCGACAAAUCCUCGUUUACAGCGAGAAAUGAGGGGCCAACGAAAGCCUAAAAAAAUCACCAUCGAAAGCUACCGCAAUCGAUUGGACUCUGCGACGGAGGCUGGAGCCGAUGAAUCACGCGGAGUGUUGCCUAAAAGUUCCCGUGAGCAAACACCGAUGGAUGAAACGCCACCGGCACCGAUUCCCGAGUUCCCCGGAGAAAUAAACUUUUUCUCCGGCAAUCCGUUCGUUGAGGUAACCAAGGGUAUAUUGCACCUGUACAAGCGGAACGAACGUGCCGACGCCACCGAAGGUCCAUCUCGAACGCUUUGUUUGAUUGCGGUACCAUCCUCUUUGAACUGUCAUGAUAUCCUGAAUUUCAUCGCUCCCUGUCACUCGGUUAUACAGCACGUGCGAAUUUUGCGAGAUGGCUCUCCAAAUCAGUUUAUGGUUUUGUUGGAGUUCCGUUGUGUUGAAGCGGCUUUUGAAUUUUACCAGACAUUUAACGGAGCACCGUAUAACAGUUUGGAGCCGGAUUCACUGUGUCACGCCGUGUGGGUCUCCGGUGUCGAGUGGGGAGACGAUGGUUGGGCACCGGCUGGCCAUACCGAGCUUCCUAUGUGUCCGGUGUGCUUGGAGCGGAUGGACGAAUCUGUGGACGGAGUUCUGACUAUUCUGUGCAACCAUGCUUUCCAUGCUGGAUGUCUAAUUAAGUGGGGAGACUCAACUUGCCCGGUUUGCCGGUGCAUUCAAACGCCAGAACUUUCGGAAACGUCUGUUUGUAUGGAAUGCGAGGGCACUGAAGCACUUUGGAUAUGCUUAAUUUGUGGCCACAUCGGCUGCGGGCGAUAUCAAGGUGGUCAUGCUGCUUCGCAUUAUCGCUCGACCAAUCAUACUUACGCUCUGCAGCUAGGCACCAACCGGGUUUGGGAUUACGCUGGGGACAAUUUCGUUCAUCGUCUAUUGCAAAGCAAGUCGGACGGAAAGCUGGUCGCUACGCAAUCACCGGGUAAUGAUGGAGAGGAGAAAAUCGACUCGAUGCAGCUAGAAUUCACAUAUCUACUCACAUCGCAGCUGGAUGCACAACGGGAUUACUACGAAGAUAAACUGAUUCGUCUUGAAUCCAGUAUAGCCGGUGAGAAGCAAAAGUUGUUGCACGAGGCGGAACAAAAUAGGAAAAAAAAUUUGAUGCUUGAAAGUAAGAUCCAAUCUCUGAACAAAGAGAAAAGUAAUUUAGAAAAAAAGGUGAACCAGAUGUCGUCAAAAAUGACAACAAUUAUGAAGGAACUGGCAGAGGAAAAACAGUUCGGUAAAACUUUGCAAGCUAACCAUUCCUCAUGGCAGACUAAAUUCGCAGCACUGGAAAAGAAGUGCACCGAGAAGGACCAGGAAGUUGUUGAACUGAAGGAACAGGUGCGAGAUCUAAUGUUCUACUUGGAAGCGCAGAACAAGAUUGCCAAUUCGGAUCUGAAGGAUGAAUUAGAAGGCGCUUCCGUUGAAGUUCCAGCGGCUACCAAGGGCGCUAAAAGGCGUUCCAAAAAGAAGUAAAACAAAUAGGCUUUUUGAUGUAUUUUUGUAUCGCGCUUUCAUCGUUAGUGACUACAUUUUUGGCUUUCGUGGCUAAGCAUGUUUUACUCGAAAAUGGUAUUAAUCAUUUGUACUAGGAGUUGUGAAUGUGAUACUUCUCUGCGAUUGUUAGAUAAUAAACUCCCAUGCUUGAAUAUCAACCAAUUAAAUUAAAUGCACUUUCAGUGUGAUACCUUUCCCAGAGUGUCAGCAUAUUGGAA